GGGGUAUGGCUGUACCAGGAGAAAUCGUCAGAUACCAGGGAGGCCACAAGUCAAGGGACUGUAUUGUCUCCUGUACUCACGUGGGUCAGUGGGGAGGCUGGACAGGCCACCUCACCUCCCUCUGAGUUAGUCUGGUUGGAAGUAGGUUUAUCACACCUACCUUCCAUUUCUAAUGUUCUGUGUUCUAGUUGUCUACCUGUGACAAACCAGCCACUGAGUAAACCCACCCUCACACCCCAUGCUAUGUUAGCCUUGGAUUAAAAGUAACGUCUACCACUCAGACGGGAAGCGGAACAGAUUGUCUCACGUCACCGUGACGAUCAGGGGAAGCUUCCUUCAGGCACAGCUCCAUCCAGGGCCUCUACAGGUGACACGGGACAGUGUCUCUUCCCCCAUCUCUCAGCUGGGCCCUCCUAUGUCUUGGCUUCAAUCUCAGGCACGUUUUUGCUGUUGGGCUGGAAAGCUGACCUCUGGGAAUUGCAGACACACCCGAUGCUUCGUGAUCUCAGAAGGAGUGGGGUCCUCCCCCCGCCCCCCAUAGGUGCUGCACAGACCUAUGCAGAUCCAAGGGAGGGCUCCCAUCGGCUGGGCAGGGGUCAUGGGCUCCUUUCCUGAAGGAGUAGGUGGGGCCAGAGGGAGCUGAUGCUCUGCACCCAGGCAGCUGUGAGUCGACCAGAACCUACCUCAUCAGCUCACGGCCGCAGGGCUUGUGGAAGCCGGCCAGGUUGGCGGGAUGGGUUCGGGGAGAGCAAGAGAAACUCCAAUAUUUGCUCCUGGAGAGGAAUGAAUCUCACGUCCCUACAGACCAAUCCACUGGGGCACGGUUUGCGCGGGGCUGGGGAGGGCCUGCAGGCAAUGUGCCACAGCAGCUCUUUUUUGACAGCCACGGGGAGCUGCCGCAUUUGUGUUUCUUGUGCGGGUCUGUUGGCACUUUGAGCAGCCGAGGCUGAAAAUGUUGGAUCCCCGACCACAGUGAUGCUCUCACUGUGAACAGCUGUGGACUGUGUCGUAAGGGACGGAAGGCGAGCGGGCCUGGGGGCCGUGGGGACCUGCCUUCUGGGCCAGCCCCCGCCCCGCCCCCCUCGCCCCGCCCCCGGCCCCGCCCCGGCCCCGCCCUGCCCUGGCUUGCUGGGCUGUCUGGAGAGGAUGGCACUUUCCCUGGGCCUCGGCUUCCGCACCUGCCAAAGGAAGUCCGGAUUCUCCAGCACCACUGCUUUACGUGGCUGCGGUUAAAGUACGGUGGGCUGCAGCCGAGGGGCUUGGGUGGCCAUCAACAGAAACCACCGCAGGCCAGCAGCAGCCAAGGGGGUCUUCACUGGAAAACUGUCAGGGAUUAUGCAAACAGUUGCUGAGUCAGGGCCUGCCCUUAAGGAAUGUAGCAGUCAACACCAUGGACGACUGUCCUCAGUGGAGUCUUCCUCCUUAUUUCCAUUUUCUCAACAAGGACACGCAGUCUUGGGGGGGGGGGGGGGAAGUGACCUGCCUGGGGCAAUUCUGCUACAACAGCAGAUGGACAUCACUGCCGACUGAGAGGAGAAGCACACCCCCCAGAACUCCGGGUUGGAAGGGAGACAGACACCAUCUGCCUCCCGUUACAUCCUCCCACUGACGGGAGACUCACCGCCUAGAAUGCAGAGCUUGGCUGGGGGGCUCGGUACUACAAGGUCUAGCUUACGCAGAGCACAUGUAUUCCCUGUCCCCACAUGAGCGCAGACCCAUAAACAGUGCUGUCUACCUGUGGGCACUUUCGUGUUCCAGGCUCCAAAACGGUCCAGCCAUUUACGUAACUGUGGCAAUACGAGAGCCUGGUUGUUUUAUGACAAUCGCUAAGCAACGCAAGUGGGAACCAUUUGGCUAAAGUGUAAACAACCGAAUUCCAGUGAAAUGGUACUUGUUAGAAAUUCCUUUAUGAAACAAGGUGUCAGGUUAAUUUAUUUGAUAACGUGUUUCUCUUUUGCUUUUUUUUCCGAGUGCUUUCGCGUUAGCACAAGGUAGCCUGCCAGGGGACAAUACAGGGAGGAUGCUUCUUGGCGGGGAACGAGACCCCGUUGUCCCCCUGCGCCUCUGAGACCUUGGCGGCCAGGCUGUGGCCGGGUGCGGUGUGGGCCGUGGGGCAGCCCACACCCGGCCUCCGCCUCUGCCCUCCGAAUGUCUGGCUGAGGCCCGGACACUGCCAAGUCCCGCGGCCGAGGCCGUGUGCCCAUCUACGAAACGGAGAUCAUUCUGUCUCCUUCCCUGGGUGGCCCGAGGCUGAGAGGAGAGGAGACCGUGAAAACUCACACGGUGUGGUUCCUUAAACAGUCGGUGCUCAGCAAAUGCUUUCCUUAAGUGCUCUCGGUUUUGUGUUAGUGGGUUAUUAGCUUUUGAGCGGUGGGAACGAUGACUUUUUGCGUUGCUGUGCCUGGGGGAUACAGGGCCGUCCCCAGCAUGCGGGAGGCUUUCGGUAAAUACCGGGCGAGUGAAUGGACGCAUCCUUCAUCAGAGCGUUGGGGGAGCACCAGGCCAUCGGCACCACAGCCUUCCGAAGCGCUCACACCAGCUCCCUGCUGCAUCUCGGGCCGGCACGGGCAGGAGCCGGGGAGGUGAGCGCGGCCAGCCGGCCGUUUCCUUCCCGGGAAGCCCCAGCCCCUCCGUUACCUCCCUGCCUCUGAGCUGACAGCCAGGUGCCACGCGCAGAGCCCUCGCUGGGGUCCUCCUGGAGAGGCGUGCCCACACUUCCGUGGCCCGGCGCUGCUCCCAGUCGAUGCCACAUCCCACAUCUCCUGGCCUCCCCGUGACGUCGUGUCCCCGCCGUGCAGAGGAGGAAGCCGAGGCUCAGAGAGGCGAGGCUCACCCAAGGGGACUCCGCGGGACCCUGGAGGCCAGACACGAAAAGGCCUCGUUGGUCACCUUGACACGUGGGGACGCCCCAGAACGGCCGCUCCGUGAGCCCUCUGCUGGGUCACAAAGCAGGGGGCCGGAGGCGUUGUGUUCAUGCAGGGCUCGGAGAAGGAAACCCCAGACAGGAGUGGGGAAGGCCCGCUGGGCAGAGCCACGCGGGGAGUGUGAGAUUGAAGGAGCAGGUGUGGGACCGCAGGGCGACAGGGAGCUGCGUGUUCACGGACCGUCGUGUGCAGGGGGCAGCUUUCCAGCCACGUCACCCACGGAGACCAGCCCCCUCUGCCCGGCUCCCGCCCCAACAGGUGGUCCUACUGAGCCCCCCUGGGCCUCUGGCCCCCUCCCUCUGCCUGGCCCCGUGCCACUGGGCAAGGUCUUGGGGACCCGGGGCCCUGUUACCAUCAACCCCGUUUCGAGACAGAAUCUCCCGGCUCAUCUCUUCCUUGAGCCCGAAGUGGCUCACCCUUCCAGCAAAGGCCCCGUUUUCAGUUCCCAGGUCCUGCCCCGUCUUUCUCAUCCAGCUCCCCUGUGGGGGGGGGGGGGUAUACUGUCUAUGGGGGCAGGGUCACCUCCUGCUUCCAUGCCUCUGCUGGCAGUGGCUCCCUCAGCUCCCAGCCCCUGCCAUGCAGGAGAUGCCAGAGUAGCCUCAUUCCCUGGGCCCCUGCGGAGAGGAGAGGGGCUGUUCUUGGCCAGGGCUGGACGGCAGGGAUGGAGGGGGGAGGUGAAUCAGGGAGACGAUGCCUGGGCCUCCUCUGUUUUCUCUUCCUGCCCUCGAGUUGGACGCUGGCUCUGGGAGUCUUUCUCUGGGCUCCCUGCUGGUCACCAGGAGAUGUCCAACACCAGCCCCGGGGCUCCCCCAUCACCUCCUCCAGGAAGCCUCUCUCUGCCACCUACUGUGGGGGCUGCCUCCCUGGAUUCUGUCCCUCGAGGAGGGUGUCAUCCGGCCCCAGGGGAGGCGGCUGGAGGGUCUUAAAUGCACCACCAGACAAGGGGUCAAGCAUUUCUUGUGUCCCCAUCUUGCUGUCUUCCGCAGCACCCGCCCCUGCCGCACUGCCUGCCCAUGGCAUAGCUCUAGGGACAGGCGGGAGGUGGAGGGGACUGAAAGGGACAGGCGGGAGCUGGAAGAGGUGGGGAGAGGGCAGGAGAAAAGGAAGGUGGCGGACCUGGCCGGUGGCUUGCCGUCGAAACCUGUCCUGGGGUCCUGGGGCUUCUGUCAUAAACCACCACCAACCAGACAUCGAUCCUGCCGGGCUCCCUCUGGAGCUGGAGAGCAGGGACCUUCCCCGCGUCCCCCCAGCUUCUGCACCGCGCUGCUGUGCUGGCACUUACUGGCUUAUAGAAACAGCCCCCAAUUCUGCCUUGGCCCUCACACGGUCUUCUCCCUGUGCGCACGUGUCCGGACGUCCCCUUUUCAUAAGGACACCUGUCCUGUGGGAUCAGGGCCCACCCUAAUGGCCCCCUUUCCACCUGAUCCCCUCUGCAAAGACACCCCCCCCCCCCGUAAGGUCUGGCUCUGAGGCAGUAGGUUCAGGGCUGCGUGUGAAUUUGGGCACAUUGCUCAUGCUGUCGUGGGUCCUGGGCGGUGGCUCUGACUUCACAUCUGAGGACGUCGGACUUCGGGGAGACAAGGAGGCUUGUCCGGGUGCACGGGGGGAGGGGGGCUGGGGGGUGGGGGGGGCAUCGGCGGAGGUGUGAACCCGCCUCUACCCUGCCUUAAUCUGCCUGGCCCCAGGAAGCUCUUUGUGGAGGGGAACCCCCCAGCACAGUUACUGUUACAGCAAGUAUUGCAAAUGUUGGAUUCUAGAAAAAAAAAAAAAAAAAAAAGGAAGAAG